AAUGAAGAUAAAUUUUUACACAUGUUCUACAAAGUCUCCAAAAAAUCAUAAAAUAUCUUUAAUUUAGGUAUGUAUACUCAAUGAUGGCAAUACUUCCACAGACAACAUAUUUUUGUACAUUUUUAUUUGAUGUCGCACGACUCGCACGUUGUCGCAUGGUGUAAGAAUGUCUUUACUAUAUUUUUGAUAGGUGUUUGUCUACGGUUGAUUCGAUUUUAAUUGUCUAGUAUUCCUCUGUGUUUUUAAUUGUCUAUAGUUACCUAAUUUUCGUCGUUUUUGAGUUUGAUUUGUAGAAAGAACAAAAACAUUUAAACAAAAUCAAAAUACAGCACUUAAUUUUGCAAGGAUUUUACUUUCGCUGUGUGUUGUAAUUAAGUGUAACGUGUGACUGUUUCUUUCUCAUUUAGAUAGUGUUCAUGGCGGCUCAAGAAGAUGAGAUUAAAAGUCUCAUAGAGAAAAACAAUGAAUUGGUGCAAAAAGUUCAGUAUUGGAAGAUGACGGCGGCUCAGAGGGAAAAUGAGAAGUUGGAACUAAUGAAAGAGAAUAAUGAGCUGAGGCUCAAAGUGAUUCGCCUUAAAAGCGGCGGUGCCGCAGACGCUCGCAAGCUAGAUGCUGCACUCCAACAAGCUAGCAAGCAGGCGCUCACCCACCUCGUGCAGGCCUCCAGUGCCAUCACACGCUCCCUUGAGUUAGCCAAGACUUACAUGAGAGACCGGGACGGUGCAGAUACAGUUUCUCCAAGAUGGAGCAACAUCAGCAAUUCCACUGAGAAGGUGCACCGAGUGCCUCCCAUGAUGAUGGGCGGGCAAUCCAUACAGCCCGUAGUUUCACUUAGCAGGGCUACUCUGAACAUCAACACUUCUAGACAAACAGCCAGGAGUCCCAAUUCUAGUCGUAAUGUUACCAUUAGAGCGUUGCCAAUGCAUAUGCUACAAGAUGUUUACAUUCCGCUGACGAGGAUAGACAUGAGGGACAUUCCUAACCACAAUGAAAAUGAACAAGAAGCUGCAGAUGACAGCGGGGACAACAUCCCGUUUGACUCAAGCAUGGAGGAGGUGGCAGAGGAGCCUCAGAACAUGACUGAGGAUGACGAUUACGAAUCAUCGCCCAGAUUAGACAUAGUGACUGAAGAUGUUGAACCAGAGAGUGAAGAACAGACGCCACCUAGACCUCGGGUCGAUAAUCCCUUGGAGGGUCCCAGCUGGUUACUGGACGCGCCGCGGGAGCCUGACUCCACUACCGAAGAGGCUCCUAACACACCUAACACUGACAGUCCUGAGACGAGGCCCGCGCCCUCGCCCUCGCCCUCGGCCUCGCCCCCGGCCUCGGCCUCGCCCUCGGCCUCGGCGCCGCGCAUGUUCACGCCGACGGUGCGGCGCCGCAAGCGCGCCUCCACGCCGCCGCCCGCCAAGAGGGACUCCAUCAACGGGUCGUUGUCUUGUUCUCGUGUCCUACAAGUCCUAGUGCCCAAACUGCUAGUGCCGGAGCCGUCGUCGCCGGCCCACAAACGUCCCAAGCCGCGUUUCGAUGCGCCCAGUCCUAACGGAGCCACCGAUUCACGAGUCAUUGUGUCGGAAGAAUUAGAAGCUCAGGCCAGAGAAAGGGAAUCAGGCGAGCCGGACCACACGCCCACCAAUAAAGGCCACAACAGUCAACGGGGUCAAAGCCAACAGGAGGGUUACAUGGACCAUGAGGGGCAAACGCAACAAGAGAGUUACAGGAGGGACAGCGGCGACAGCUGCGGCAGCGGCGCCGAGCGGGCCAGCGAGGGCAGGACGCGCCGGAACAGGAAACCUGUCACUUACAAAGAGAAACCAUUAAAUCGGAAACUACGGAGAUGAUAACAGCCGUCGACUUUAGGCGAAUUGUUUAUUGUUUUUAUUAAUAUUUACUGUUACAGUGCAACAUUCCCUGUACCAAAAUGUAAUUCUUCCCACCUUAACUAUUUUCAAUGGCCUGCCUAGUGUAGGACCCAAAAAUUGCGUUAUAAUAAUGUGUUUUUCAAUGGUUUCAAGCUUUUAUUUAAUUUAAAACUUUCGUAUGUACUUAACUAUGUAAAGUGUCUUCAAAAUUUACUCAGUACUCGGUAACUGGUAAACAUAACGAAACCUCAUUGAGUUUGGGUUUGUUAGAAUCAUCUCGAGGAGUUGAGAUUAGGAUUGCCUCAUGAAAUGUUCGGACAUCGCCUUAAAAAUGGAAUAUCCCUACAGUAGUCUGGACAUCACCCUAAAAAUGGAAUAUCCCUACAGUAGUCUGGACAUCACCCUAAAAAUGGAAUAUCCCUACAGUAGUCCGGACAUCACCCUAAAAAUGGAAUAUCCCUACAGUAGUCCGGACAUCACCCUAAAAAUGGAAUAUCCUUACAGUAGUCCGGACAUCACCCUAAAAAUGGAAUAUCCUUACAGUAGUCCGGACAUCACCCUAAAAAUGGAAUAUCCUUACAGUAGUCCGGACAUCACCCUAAAAAUGGAAUAUCCUUACAGUAGUCCGGACAUCACCCUAAAAAUGGAAUAUCCUUACAGUAGUCCGGACAUCACCCUAAAAAUGGAAUAUCCUUACAGUAGUCCGGACAUCACCCUAAAAAUGGAAUAUCCUUACAGUAGUCCGGACAUCACCCUAAAAAUGGAAUAUCCUUACAGUAGUCCGGACAUCACCCUAAAAAUGGAAUAUCCUUACAGUAGUCCGGACAUCACCCUAAAAAUGGAAUAUCCUUACAGUAGUCCGGACAUCACCCUAAAAAUGGAAUAUCCUUACAGUAGUCCGGACAUCACCCUAAAAAUGGAAUAUCCUGACAAUAGUCCGGACAUCACCCUAAAAAUGGAAUAUCCCGACAAUAGUCUGGACAUCACCCUAAAAAUGGAAUAUCCUUACAGUAGUCCGGAAAUCACCCUAAACAUGGAAUAUCCUUACAGUAGUCCGGACAUCACCCUAAAAAAUCCUGAUAGCUCCUAAACGCCUAAGCCUUCAGUAAGAAAUACAUAUGCUUAGAUUUUUUUUUUUGACGGAGUGGGUAUAGAAUACGCACGGUGUGUGGAAAUCGCCGCUCUUUUCCCCUCUCCUGGUAAGGGGGGGGGGGGGGGGAGAAUUUUGGCCCUACUCACUUAACCCACUCUGGCGUUUCGUAUAUUUGAGGUAAAAUAGAAAGUUUUGAUUUUUGGAAAAAGCUUUUAUCGCUGACUGUACUUUUCUUACUGCAAGUAACUAAUACUCAUCGAAACAAUUCUAAAAAAACAAUUAGGUUGCGUUGUUUCAUCACAGAGUUCAUAUGGCCACCUUCUGUCUCCAUCAUCAGAUCAGCUCGAUGGUACCAUAAUAUUGCAUUGUCACCCGACUUACAUAUGUAUGAAAAUGUUAAGUUCUAUCGGAAAAUAGGUCAAAUUUAGUUUCCAAGAUUUAACCACACUAACUAACAUACUAAAAGCUCAAGUUAAAUAAAAGCUUGUAAAAAUAAACAUAUUUAUUUCUAACUAGUCUUCUAAAUAAACCGUAAUUUGAAAAAAAGUUACGGAUCCCUUUGUCUGACAUAACUAUUGGAAGUCAUAAUGUAAUGAUGAUGAUGAAUAAUUCUGAAACCGUUAAUUUUUCAGAAUUUUUGUAAGGUUAUCCUAUAGAUAGGUUAGGUUUGUUUUAUGGCAAUCCUGAAAAGUUACGCGUUUCUGAGAAAAACCAAAUUAUGACUAACGAAAAUGCGGACAAACAAUACAUUAUGACUUAAUCCUUUAUUGGAAUAGAGAUCCAAUAAGCUAUCAUUAGACAUUUAUACUACCUAUGUUUUAGAUACAUCAUAUACACUAUAUGUCACAUUUGAAACCAAAUUUUUACAAGCAUUUAUUUUAAUUAUGUUUGGGCUUGUUAGAAUCGUUUCGACGGGUAUUAGUUGCCUGUGAAAGAAAAGUACAGUCUAAUAAAAGCUUGUAUAUAUUUUUUUUUUUAACAAAAAACUUAUUUUAAUUUGAAAUAUACUAGGAAUUCUCAAAAUCAGUAUUGUUUUUAAUGUUCUCGAAAUAAACAAUUAUUUGUUUUGCAAAUGAAAACAAUGGUGUAUGCCUCGCUUGCUUACAUCCAAAGAGAAUUUGAAAUAGAGGUGGAUUGUCAAAGAAAACUCUGUAGCCACAGUAAAUUUACUGCCAUCUUUCGACACAUGAUUAAAACUUCUAGAAUGCCAUUUGACUUUGAUCCUUAUUCUUUCACUGAUAUGUGUUAAAUUUGUUAGUGGCGCCGUACGUUUACGUUACGCCAUAACUUUGAUCUAUUACAUGGCGCCACUUUUUAUUAUUUAACAAAUGUAACACAUAUCAGUGAUGGAAUAAGGAUCAAAGGCAAAUGGCGUUCUAGAAAUUUUAAUCAUGUGUCGAAAGAUGGCAGUCAAUUUACUGUGGCUAUAAAAUUUUCUUUGACAAUCCAUCUCUAUUUCAAAUUCUCUUUGUUAUAUCUAGACCUAAGCGCAAGAUAAGAAGUGGAAUCUUAAGGGUUGCUAGGGUUUCAUAGCACUAGAGUAAAAUUCAGAAGAAACACUAGAAAUAGUUAAUAUUAAUGCCCCUGGUGUUGCAGGCGUCCAUAGGCUGCGGUGACUGCUUACCAUCAGGCGGGCCGUAUGCUUGUUUGCCACCGUCGUGGUAUAAAAUAUUAAAACCGAAGCAAUAAAUUGACACCACAUCUGCUUAGAUUCAAUAAACUAGUGCCUUAGGAUUUUACCAAAUACUAUAGUUUAGAAAACCUUAUAUAAAAUUUGUUUUAAUAUGUUUUUUAAGUGUUAUAAAGGGCUCAGGACUGCUUUGUCCCCAAUCCUAUUUCGUCACCUUUUUAAAUAGUCCACAACGCCAUGUCGUCAGCGUGCAAUUCCUAUAUCGUCACAUUCCUAACUCGUCCACAUUCUUAUUUUGACCAUAGUACCAGCUCGUCAACAUUAUUGUACUGUCCAUUAUCCUCAAUGCAUACUAUAAUUAUUAUAAACUUAUCGGCACUGUUUACUUUUGCAUUGCCAAAGAUAUAUAUAACUCCGUAUAAGAUAAAUAAAGUUUUAGAAAAAAUGGUGCCUCAAAAAAUCAAGAAAUAUUUAUGCUCGAAUAGAUGGCGAUAUACCUUUGAGCUUUACUCGAGUAGAUGGCGACACCGUUUGAUAUUUAACACAUCAGUGAAAGAACAUGGGCCAAAUAGCCAUAUGUCAUUCGAAGAGUUUUAGUCCUGUGUCGAAAUAUGGCAGUAAAUUUAGUUGAGUACAAAAUUUACUUUGACAAUACGCCUCUAUACUCUCUCUCUUUGGCAUUGUUUUUUUUCAAGUGAAAAGUUUUCUUGACCAUUUUGACCUCCACCAAUGCCAGCACCGUGGACCAUAUAGGAAUGUGGACAAGAUAUAUAUAUAUAGUCCUCCACAUCGAUUUCGAUGACGGCGACCUCAGCAAUCAAGGGUUUUUCCUCUCAUGAGCUCUUAUGUGGCUGGCCAGGCCAAACUUGCUCUUAAACACCCUGUCACAUUCACAACAGUAUAGUUGACCGGCCCGCGUUGUAUGUAUACACGUAGGAGGGCUUAGGUCUAUCCUUGCGUAGUUGGCGUUUUACGUCUAAUGUAGCGAGGCGGUUUUCCUCAAACGACUUGGUAGAUUCGAAGAUGGUAGAUCGCCAAGAUGACCGUUUCGCAGCGAGCUCCUCCCAACGUGCAUUAUCGAUCGCACACGCCUUUAGGUGGCGCUUUAGCACGUCCUUAUAUCGAAGGUGUUGACCGCCGUGCUUCCGCUUUCCCUCUGCUAAUUCUGAGUAGAAUAUAGCUUUAGGCAAGCGGCGAUCGUCCAUUCGGAAAACAUGCCCACACCAUCUGAGCUGACGCUGCAUCAAUAGCGCCUCCAUGCCGUACAUCCCGGAGCGACGCAGAACUUCAGAGUUUGGUAUACGGUCCUGCCACUUAAUCCUAUGUAUUGAUCUUAGUCAUUUUAGAUGGUACGUGUCUAAGUCUUUUGAUAUCUGGCUUGUACAGGCACCAUGUUUCUGCGCCAUAUAGAAGGACUGGGAUUAUUAGGGCCUUAUAGACGCUUAUCUUUGUCUCAAGCUUGAUAUCAUGGGACCUCCAGACACGAUCAGUAAGUCGCCCGAAAUUGGCAGCGGCACUAGCAAUGCGAGAUGGUAUUUCUGAAGCCAGGGUGUUGUCAUGUCGUAUAGUGCUCCCAAGAUAUUUAAAAUGAUAGACUUCAUCUAGUGGUUUCCCAUCUAGAUACAGCGGUGUUGAAUCAGACUCAGCUCCCCGGGGUGGUUGUUUGAGGAUUCGGCCUGGACAAGAUAGGAAAGUGUCGUUAUAGGAAUUUAGACGAAUCAAAACAGUGGACCAUAUGACAAGUCAAGAAGGUGACGAAAUAGAAUUAUGGACGAAGCUGUCCUGAGCUUUUUAAAGAUUUUGUUUACACAUACAAUUCAUACAAACGAUUGCAAAAUUAUUAUUAUAUUAAUCUUAAAGCCCGACCAGAAAUAUAUUUUUUUAGAUAGAUAAAUCAUUUAUUUGGCAGCUGCAAAAACACACAAUAUAACGUUUUAAAUCAGACAGUAACAAAAUAAACAUGGCACAAAAGAAAAUUGAAACAAAAAAAAUAGGAAUAAGCACACACAAAAUGGAAUAAUUAAUAAAAAAUAAAAUAAAAUAUAAGUACCUACCUACAUACUGUGUGCGUGGCAGCAGGACAAAAGGGUCACGGCUCAGUGAUACUCUUCACUAUUUCGAGUAAAACACUGGUUUUCUGCCGGAACCCAGGUCACAACAGAUGUACUUUAAAUAAAAUGAGGGUAUGUGUGUGUUAUAUGUUCAUUUAUUCAUUUAACCUUUAUUGCACAAAAGAAAACCUUGCAGUACAAAAGGCGGACUUAAUGCCAUGAGGCAUUCCCUACCAGUCAACCUUUAGGCAAAGCAGAGACUGUGGAUCAUAGUCCAGAGGGCGCUUUCAUUCUCAUGUAUAGGGUGACAGUUCAGUUCAGUAUGAACAAUUUAGUUCCAAUGAAAUUCCGCAAUAUGGCGUGUGGUCAUAUAUUACUGGUCAGUCUUUAUUUAUUAUUUAAAAAAAAAUUGUGGUAAAUGACAUGUAUUGUUGACUAAUUAGAAUGUAAUUGAAAUAUCAAAAUUAACUAAUUGUCACAAAUCAGAUCUCUAACGUGAUUAACUUGAUAUAGGUGAAAAUCUUAUAUAUAGUUAAUUUUUUAUCUAUUAUGAUUAGGCUUGCUACUUAAAUGUAAAUGUGGCAAGUAUUUGGGUCUAAAUUCUUUUCGUUGUUUUUUUUUCUGACCACUCUGUCACGCUUGUAUAUAUGCCUUCUAUCAAAUAAAUAAAAAAAGUGUAGUGCUAUUGUGUAUUUCUAGCUAUAGACUAUAUUUUACAUGAGAUAAUUGUAAAACAAAAUUUCAUCUCAAACAAAAAAAUCCACUCCGUCACAUUUUCCCAAAAAAUGUGACGGAGUGGAACUUUUUAUACAAGACAACGAAAAGACGUUUGACCCAUUUGCCAUUGCCAUUGUUAUAGCUCGUUUUAUUUGUUGAGUUUAUCAACUUGUCACUCGUUGUCAUAUCAUAGUCAUGUUCUCUAAAACCUUUAACGCAGGUUUAAUGGUAUUUGACCCUUUAACCCUUUACCAGGCUAAGGGAUAUAUAUUUCCCACAUGCGGCUCUUCAAACAUGUGUUCUAUUUUCGAUGAGUAAGACUGACAUUCGAUUGUCAUUUUUGAACUAUCAGCCUGGUAAAGGGUUAAACGCCAAGAACCCUUAAAGGCGUAAGAAUGCGAGGUCGUAACGCCAAGAACGCUUAAUAAGUGUUAUGCCGUACGUUGUCAAAGUAACUUCCAACGGCCCAUUUCUCGAACGGUAUUAGACUAAUAUUAUUAGUCCACGAACUGUCAAGUUGUAUCGGUUACCAUGGCAACAUGCUAAUAAUAUUAGACUAACACCGUUCGAGAAAUGGGCCCCUGUCAAGUCGAAUGGGUUACCAUGGCAACACACUACCUAAUAAUAUUAGACUAACACCGUUCGAGAAAUGGGCCCCUGUCAAGUCGAAUGGGUUACCAUGGCAACACACUACCUAAUAAUAUUAGACUAACACCGUUCGAGAAAUGGGCCCCUGUCAAGUCGAAUGGGUUACCAUGGCAACACACUACCUAAUAAUAUUAGACUUAUACUGUUCGAGAAAUGGGCCCCUGCAAACUUGAUAUUUGCUAGCUUAUGCCAGAGAUAUUGGCGUGUGCAUGACGUUUUUGGGUUUGACAUAUGGUGUUCAAAAGGUUCAAUUUGCCAGACAUGCAUAUUUGUGUUAGUUACAAUCCCUUUCCCUAAUGUAUAAAUGUAUAUUCUACUAACAAGGUUAGUGGAAGCAAAGAGAAUUGAUUGAGAGAGAUACUUAAAGUCUAAGAGAAAAACUUGCCCCUUAGUAUCACAUCCAAAACAGAUGCACUGUACUCAUGUACUGCGCCAUAUGUUUCGCGGGCACUGAAUUGUCAAUCGUCAACUUUUGCCAAUCAAAGUUACCGCAAAAUGUAUGGAGCCGUACAGCACCAUCUCGUUUACCUGUCAAAUUCGAAGCACGAAAUUGUCUUAGACUUAGAAUCUUUGGUUAAAGGCUUUGUUUCUUGUUUCUACUAGAGUGAUGUGAUUUCUUCUAACAAUGGUGCCAGUAUUUCCCCUGUCUCGUUGUUCAACGAGACAUAAUAAUAAAACAACCAUAUAUCGGGGUUUUUGGUGCGGGAAUCAUCAUCAUCCUAGCGUUUGUCCCGUACUGUAACUACCAAACUAUGAAUUAAAAAUAGAAGUAAGCACCAAAUGUGCCUAGCCUUUUGACCGCCAAAGACGUCAUAUGACGCGCGCAGCUACAGCCCAAUAUCAACCUUCAUGCGUACCGACAAGGUUCACGAUUAGGCGCCGCGUACGAUAGGCGUGGCGUUCAAAAAGUUAGAAAUGUUAAAAUAGAGUCGGUUUUUACAGUUUUUACCUAUUUCUUGGGUAGUUAUAAACAUUCCGAACCAAGAACCACGAUGUAUGAUACCCAAAAAGUUGAUCCACCCAUAAUAAACUCUUCUGUUAAUCUUGUCCGUGGCAACAAUGAGCAAUGAAUUUGGUGUAUUCCCGACCGCCGUAUAUGAGGCGGGGACAAAUUGGAAUUAUUUAUAUCAAUCUAUACCCAUCUGUGCCCGCGGGGUCUAAUUAAUUUAUUUAGAUUUAUUGUAAUUGUAGGCUUGUUUAGCCAGGAUAUAAUGUGUUAUGGACUGAAAUAUAAUAUUACGAAUC